CUCCAGGCCCGGGGCUUCAGGACGCGGACCGGAGGCCUGGGGGACAGACUGACGUGGGGCCGCAGCGCAGGAGGCACGCGGCGGGGAUGGCGCUGGCGCGGGCCUGGAAGCAGAUGUCCUGGUUCUACUACCAGUACCUGCUGGUCACGUCGCUCUACAUGCUGGAGCCCUGGGAGCGGACGGUGUUCAAUUCCAUGCUGGUCUCCAUCGUGGGGAUGGCGUUGUACACAGGCUACGUCUUCAUGCCGCAGCACAUCAUGGCGAUACUGCACUACUUUGAGAUCGUGCAAUGACCGACCGAGAGGUGACCGGACGCGAGAGGUUCCUCAGGAGAGGACCACCCCCUGCCGUGGGAGUGAGACUCCAUCGGACGUCGCGAGGAACUCUGCUAGAUGUCAACGUAACCAGCCCGGUGAAUAUAAAGACUACAAUUCAUGAGUAGAACAGGAAAAUGAUCCUGACUCAUGUGUUAUGUUCUUUAUUUUUAAUUUUCAAAGAGGCUCUUGUAUAGUAGUUUUUGUCUAUUUUAACAUUGUAGUCAUUUGUACUUUGAUAUCAGUAUUUUCUUAACCUUUGUGACUGUUUAAAUAUUACCCUGUGAAAGCUUUUCUUAACGUAACUUUGAGUACAUUUUAAUUGCCUUCUAUUUCUAAAACCCAAAGUCAUUAGUUGGGCUUUAUUGUUCUUGCUAUUGUAUGGCAUAUACAUCUGCCUGGAUAUAUUUCUACUCUUGACCAAAGUUUUGUAAGAAUUCGGGCAGGGGGAUGGGGAGGGAGGAUAUUUUAUUGAGAACUAUUUACAAAAGACUUACCUGUAUGUUUGAACUCAGGAGUACAGUUUUAGCUAUUUAGACUCUUAACAACAUCUGCUUUAAAACUAUUAAAGGGUUUCUCCAACAAUGAAAAAGGAAGAUCUUGCUAAAGUUAAAAUAAGGAACAUUUCACCUUUAAAAUAUUUAAUUCAUAUGUGGACUCAUUUCCAGAAAACUUUGAUGAUUCCUGAGGUAAAAGGUGGUAAGGUAGCAUUAUGGUACAAUGCUUGUACAGCAUAGAGUUUUUAAUGGAAAGUAAAUCAGUUUCCUCUGAGGGUCGCUAUUAACAACAUACUUCCUUAAGUUCAGUUUCAGGAUUGUAAUGGGUGCUGCAAAUGCAUUUGAACAUUGUAAUAAAACAGGAUGAGAUGAAUUGUUAAAAGCUGUAACAAAAGAAAUGUAAACUUGGUUAAAAUCCUUUCUUUCCCUAUUUGUAUUAUUUUUUAAAAGAUUUUUAUUCCUUAAAUGUAAAAUGACCAAUUUUUUGAUGUAAACUCAUUAAAUUCAAAGAGAAAAAUCAGCUGCUUGUAGCAGUAUAUUUUUUCCUCAAUGGUUAAAUACUGAUUUAGUGUUUAUAUUUGUGAAUUGACUGCUGUGGACAUAUAAGUAGCAAGUAUAUCUUAACAUGUCUCUCAACAUAAAAGUAUUGCUGACUUAAAAAAAUUAGACAUAUUUUACUAUGCUUUCCAGGAUAUGUUUUGCUAUUUUUUAAAAAUGCAAGUAUUUUUGGCCCUAAACUUUAAGGACUAGACUUGCAAAGUAUUUUCUAGUCUGGAGGUAAUGAGUAAUGUAUAAAAUUUUGUUUUCUUUUAAAAAUUAUUAUUUUUUAAUCCUCACCUGAAGAUAUGCCCUCUGAUUUUAGAGAGAAGGGAUUAGAGGGAGAAAGUGAGGGAGAAAACAUUGAUAUGAGGGAGAAACGUUGAUUGGCUGCCUCUCGCACACACCCUGACCGGGACUGAACCUGCAGCCCAGCCAUGUGCCCUGACCUGGAAUCAAACCCUAGACCCUUCUGUUCACAGCAUGACACUCCAACCUACUGUACCGCAGGGCAGUAAGAUUUUGGCUUUUUAAAAAAGUCUGUCUAUAUCAUCACUAUUAGGUAGGGAUGGUGAGGUUAAUAUGUACUUAUUCAGUUCUGAAGUAGUUAAAAGUAGUUGGACAUGGUUAUGUCUGAGCCGUAUUCAUACUAUCUCAAUCUAAAUAAUGAAUAUAUAAGUAAAAAUAAUGAAGAAAUCAGGGAAGCACAUUCUUAUCAACUGA